AUGCAAGUACCAGAUGCCUCCACCGUGCGGACCCCGCUGUUCGUCGCACCCCCGCCAUUGAACCGCGACGGUCGACCAGUCAUUCAAAAAUUGUUGAUCGCGAACCGAGGCGAAAUCGCCUGUCGCAUUAUCCAGACGUGCCGCAAACUGCACAUCACGUCGGUAGCCAUCUACGUGGACGAAGAUGCUCUUUCCCGCCACGUGCAGGAGGCAGACGAAUCCAUCAACCUCGGCAGCAUCGACCGCAGUAGUCGGAACCCCUUCCUGGAUGUUGAACUGCUGGUCAAGACGGCCGUGGCCGCAGGCGCCCACGCCGUCCACCCGGGGUACGGGUUCCUCAGCGAGAACGCCGACUUCGCGCAACGCGUGCACGAGGCGGGUCUGAUCUUUGUUGGGCCUAGCCCCAGCGCCAUGUCGACGCUGGGCGACAAACGCGCGGCCAAGGACUACUUGAGCGCCCAUGCGCCCGAAGUGCCCCUGAUUCCAGGAUUUGCGGGAUCCAGCCAGGAGGUGGGCGACCUGGAGAAGGCCGCAACGGAGAUCGGGUUGCCUGUGAUGUUGAAGGCGUCGGCGGGAGGUGGUGGAAAGGGGAUGCGCAUCAUCCGAGAGGCGCAUCAAUUGCGAGCAGAGCUACAGCGAGCGCAGUCAGAGGCACAGCGGUCGUUUGGUUCCGCCGACUGCAUCCUAGAGAAGUAUAUUGAGAGCAGCAAACACGUCGAGAUCCAGAUUUUGGGAGACUCCCAUGGGGAGGUGGUCUCGUUUUUUGACCGCGAUUGUUCCGUGCAGCGACGACACCAAAAGGUAAUUGAGGAGACUCCGUGUCCCUUCCUGGACGAUGACACCCGGCGGAAGAUGUCCGCGGUGGCCGUCACGAUUGCCAAGAAGAUUGGCUAUGCAAACGCCGGCACUGUGGAGUUCAUCUUUGACGUGCAAACGGGCAAGUUCUACUUUUUGGAAGUCAACGCCCGUUUGCAGGUCGAGCACCCGAUCACAGAGGAAGUCACCGGGGUGGACCUGGUGGCGCUGCAGCUGUACGUGGCCGCCGGGGGCCGCUUGGCUGCGCUGCCGGCCAUCCAGACCGUCACCCAACGGGGCCAUGCUAUCGAAUGUCGCCUCUGCGCAGAGGAUCCCCAGCGGGAUUACUUCCCCGAGCACGGCCAGAUCUACCUGUGGCAGCCGGCAUCGGGGAUGCUGGGCCCGGGUCGCGACAUUCGUUACGAGACCGCCGUCGGGACGGGAUCCUCCGUGUCUAUCUACUUCGACUCGAUGAUUGCCAAGAUCGUGGUCUGGGCCCCGACGCGGGCGAUGGCGAUUGAGAAGAUGACCCGCGUGCUGGCCCAGACGGCCUGCGUGGGCGUGAAGACGAACCAACUUCUCCUACAGCGGUCCCUCCUACACCCGGCCUUCCACAAUCCCGGGUACACGACGUCGUUCCUGCCGAGAUACCAGGACGAACUGCUGCAGGCACCGACCAUUGGGGGACCAGACUUGAAGAUCCUCUCUGCGCUGCCUAGCGUGGUAUUCCGCCAUCUCGCUACGUCGAAUGCGCUCCGUGCUCGCCAGCGGCCAUUUCAGAAUGUCCGACGUCAGUUCCGAAAUCAGCACCAUGACUCCGUAAACAAGCACUGUGACGUUGUGAGCGCCGUAGAGUGGCCGUAUCGACUCCCUGAAGGGGAAACCUCUCCACAAUCUCUGGUUUGGCUGUGGAAGGCCCAACCAACCAGAGAUCCGGCUGGGGGAGAUGAGAUAUACUCCUUCCUCGCUCCGACGGGCAGUCAGUCUACAGAGAAGGAGCGAUCGGCUGCAGGCGAAGUCUCAGCGCGGUACAACGCCAUUAGUGAAACCCUACGAACGGGGGCCGCCACGUCCACGACGCCCUACCGGGUGCAUGUUAAUUCGUGGACCGCGGACGACAGGAGCCCACACCCGUGGAUGACAGCCAGCGUCGAGAUGUCGAUCAACGGGUCGAAGCAGCACGCGCAUAUCGCCAUCCCAUCUGUCCGGCCCGACGGGCUCGGACUCCGUCUGGAUACGACGCAGAGCAUCUUCUGUCAUUUCCCAGCAGUUGGCACGCACAUGGAAUUCCGACGGGACAGCGUGUUGUCGUGGGUGGAGAGCAUUCGGUCAGUGGCUGCCGCGCAGGACGGAUCGCAGCUGAGGACGGUGGCGGCGCCGAUGCCUUGCAAGGUCCUAUCAAUCUUGAAGAAGGUCGGGGAGCCAGUGAAGUCGGGAGAGAAUGUGAUGGUGAUUGAGAGUAUGAAGAUGGAGGUGGCCAUCACGGUGAGUGCAGAUGGGACAUUCCAGACGACAUGGAGGGAGGGCGAUGCGGUCGAGGAGGGGAAGAUUCUGUGCUCUGUUGAUUAA